AUGGAUAAAGACGUGUCCAUGUCCUGGUUUUCGCCAUCUAAGCUGUUAAACCAUCGCCUCAUCGUGCUCACCAUGAGGGGGUUUGGUAGUAUGAUCGGCAAUAUCAUUGUUCCGGCUUUCGUCAUCUGGGCUGUCGACCAUCUUCUGCAGCUCAUAGUAGUGCUGAAGGUCGGUGGUACCGCCCGUCUCAUGGCGCGGACGUUUAGAUGGUCGUCCGGGCUUGUCUUCGGCUGCGGGGCGUUUUCCACCCAAGAUCUCGUCACGCUGUGCCGUCGGUGUUAG